UUUUAAUUUGAAAUUAAAAGUAGAGAGUUUAAAUCGAAUGUAAGCACUCAUUUCUGUCUGACUUAAACACUAUUGGUGGUCGAACGGAGUGAGUGAAAUUAUCUCGUCAGAAAUGGAUGCAUUUCAUCCCAUGGUUAACAAUCUACUAUCGUCACGUUCACCUAUACUCGCCACACCUAGAACCACAACCUUUUAUAAUUAGUAUAUGAGAAUAUAUGAGCACGAAUAUCUUGUACAAAUCACGAAAUCAUGAUUAUGCCAAUAAUUCACCGAAGUAUUUAAACUAUCUCACUAAAUCGCCUUAAUUUUUAAUCAGUUUACUUAUCUAAGCGAUAACGCCAAUAGUACUUAGUCUUAGGCCCAAUCUUCAGACUGCACCUUAUAGGAGCCGGUUCGGUUUAGUAUACCGAACAGUAAAAUGGUGAAAAGAGCAGUUGUUAUUUCAGUGACGGCAGGAGUUGUGAUUGCUGGAGGUCUGGCUGUACUUAUUUGGUGGCUUGUAGCGGGCCGCGAUCCCUUCAGAACCGUACAGCUAAACAGCCAAGCUAUAGGAAAUGUAGAAGGCACAGCCGCCCUGACUAGGAUCCGGGGCUCUGGCGACAUAUUCUGGUGGUUCUUCCCCGCACACGACGAGACGCCGACCUCGAAACCCAUUAUCCUGUGGCUGGACGGAGUGACGGGGGUCUCACCCAGUCUACUAGCGAAUUUUGGGAUGUUUGGCCCUUACGAUUUUAAUUUGAACGAGCGGAACAAUUCUUGGGUUGACCAAUACAACCUAUUAUUUGUGGACGCACCCUUAGGCACCGGCUUCAGCGCAGCGCAAUCAGACAACACAAUUCCAGAGAGUCUCAAUGAAAACGUUGAUCAUUUGAUGUUUACUUUGGAAUCAUUUUAUGAACUGCAUGAAGGUUUCAACAAUGCGCCACUUUACAUUUUUGGGCAAGGACAUGGGUCAAAAUUAGCUUUGGCUCUCACCAUGCGGUUGCUGGAAGACAAUGAUCUUUCACAUAAUUUAGUAGGCAUUGCACUCGGCAACGGAAUCGUUUCCCCGGCUCUCGCCUUAACGAAACUCAGUUUCUAUCUAUGGGAGCUCGGGUACGUCGACGAAGACGGGCGCACCGCUAUUGAUAACUUUUCAAAGGAAACGAACGAUUUAGUCGACAACGGACAACUAGGAGCUGCCUUUGAUCACUUUUUGUCGCUGGGAGAAUAUACAAACGAGAACGCUGGAUCAGUGGCAGUCAAUUUGGGACAUAUUGUUGAAAAACUAGCACGGGAUGCUCGGCAAGGAUACUUUGGACAACCUAAUUACCUAGACAACGUGUUUGGGCUAGACUCGUACCGGUUCAUGGAUGACACCGUGGCGCCUGCCCUGGGGAUUGGCGGCUCCUACGCGGCCCGCCAGGACGCCGCGGUCCGCGCUUUCAGAACCUCCUUUAUGGAAUCUGAUAUCGAAAAAAUUGAAUACAUUCUAGAAAAUACGAGUCUCAAAGUGACUAUUUACAACGGCAACUUGGACGCGAUAUCCAACACUCCAGGUCAACUCGAAUGGGUGAAUGCCCUCCGGUGGUCAGGGCAGCAGAGCUUCCUCGCCAGUCCCCGCUCGACGCUCAUCGUCAACGGCCUGGUACAGGGUUACUUCCGAGAGACCGAGCGACUGAGCUUCUAUUGGGUGAACGCGGCGGGGCAAUCGGUACCCCUUGACAGCCCUGACGCGAUGCGACGUAUCUUAGAUAGAAUAACUGGGAGUUGAUUUCGUCAAAAAAUAAAAAAUCUCUCAAAUGCA